AUGUUUGAGGAACCAAUUAUGGAAUCAAUGCUUGAUCACAGUCAACCUCUCACUCUAGGUUAGAAAUUGCAAACUAUGAACUUCCCUCUUAAAACCCUUUCAGAAGUAAAAGAGAAAUACAAAUACUAAAUUGAUUAUUCCACAUUGCAAGAGAGGAAAUUUAAUCUCAGAAAAACUCGAUAGCCUAUCAUCAUAUUUUCCUCUGCUGAGAUAGACAUACCCCUCCCAAGAAGUGAAGUAAGGGUUAAAUCAGUUAUAUCUCCAGAAAUCAAUCAAAGUCUCUUAUUUGUUUCUGUUUAACCCCAUAAUAAUACUAAAAGCAGAAGUCUAGGUUUCAGAAAAAAGCGCUAAUGA